AUACUGUGAACGGUGGUACGAUAAGGCGGUGACGAGGUGUGAUUAGUGGUAGAAAGUAUAACGAUAAAGGUGGAACCUCUAGAAAUGUUAAUUAAUUCAUGGAGAAAUAUUGAUCGAUGCUAACCAAUAACUGAGUACAUGAGAAUGUACAGGUACCUACAGAAUCUUGAUGAGUGCAAAGAUGAAGACUUGUAUAGAGUUCGCAUGUUCUUUGUGAUUGCCUUGCUUUGGAGAUAGUGUCCACUACGAAAGAAUGAAACCAAAGAAGCUGUACAUAUCUCGGUAUAUCGAAAGUACAUUCGCCGCCUUUGUGAUAGGAGCAUGCGUGUUCACGGUAAUAACGACAAUGACAGCAUCUUCCAAACGCAAAACAUUGCAUACGAGCAGAAACCCAAAUGUUUUAAGACAAGAAAGAGAAUCAUUUUUGUUCUCUUUAUUGCGGGGAACUAAGAACACUAAACAAGAAGAUAUGAAAGAGCAACCACAAACAAAUGAUAUUUACCCUGACCAUACGAGAGAAUGGUUUAAUAGGAGUACUGCCAAAAAAUUCAUACCAGUAGGCCCCCAUCCUAAUCUCACUACACCGAUCAUAUCUAAUACUCAUAUAUGUAACUCAACGGAAGUAGAUAUCUUAAUUUAUUUUCAUAGUUUAUGGAGUCAUUUCGAACACCGUAGAAUGCUUCGCGAGUCCUGGGCCAACAAGAACGUGUUUUCAGACAUCAAAGUGAGAACAAUUUUCAUUCUGGGGAAACCACCAACCAAGGAGGAGCAGUUAAUGAUAGUGAAUGAAAAUUUGAAUACUCGGGAUAUUGUGCAAGGUAAUUUUGAAGAUACUCAAGGAAAUCUGACACUUAAAAGUAUGCAAGCCAUGCAAUGGAUAAAUGACAACUGUUUACAUGCCAAAUACAUUGUCAAAGCUGACGACGAUAUGUUCAUUAACAUCUUCGCCAUGACCGAAUUUCUUGUGUCCCAAAUCUUUCACAAGAGUAAAGUGAUUAUGUGUUCACUGAAAGAGAACAUGACUAGUGUUAUCGUAAGAGACCGCAGCAGUAAAUGGUAUGUUCCGGAUUAUAUAUACAAAGGCCAAAAAUAUUACCCAAAAUUCUGUGGUGGAUUUUUUGUUCUCUUUUCUUCGGAUCUCGUACCCGAGCUUUAUAAAUACUCAUUUACGUCACCAUACUUUUCCGUGGACGAUGCUUAUCUCUUUGGAAUGUUGCUCGGACAAGUAAAAGAUGUACAUUAUGAAGACAUUGCAAGUGCGCUUACUUUGAAUUUAAAGUCAGGACUCGAAGAAUAUAAUGGGAGUGGUCCACUCCUACAUGUCGGUGUCCUCGCGUGGGAUGAUGGGGGAAUAGAGAAACUCUGGUUGGCGACCCUCUCUAAAAUGACUCGCUGGACGAGGAACCAUGCAAACAUUGCUAUGGUACAGGAGGCAAUGAAGAAAGCAGCGGGACAACAUUUUAUAUGAAAUUGUUUUAAUCUCUGUAUUUAACAAUCUUGAAUGACUGAAAUGUGGUGGGUUGCAUGCUCUGUAAGUUGUCAGAUAUGUAUCUUGGUUAAUUGUGACUAAGGGGCACCUUUUGAAAAGUAUAAAUCUGGUUUUAUUCGCGGUGACUUUAUUUUGUCCAGAGUUUCUUCAAUCAAACUUCCUAUUCAGAAUAAAAUUUAUCAUUUACAAUCCCUAUCCGGAGCUGCCGUUUAAUGAUUUAGCGAAAUGUUUGCUCUGUAUUUAGUUAUGUCGUUCAUGUACCAUUUAGAUAUCAGACAAGGUACAGAAUUUUUUCAGAAAUCAUUUAUAGAACUUAAGUAAGUUGACAACUAAGGAUACCAUUUUUAGCAGUGGUAAUGAAGUCACAUGUACAUUUAUGCAGACACCUCACUGCCUGUUGAAGAUUGUUUAAUGAAUGCGAGACUGUGA